GAGCGGGGGGGUCGCUCACCGCGCCCGGCCCCGGGGGUCCUGCCCGGGCAUAGCGGAGCCGCAGCCCGCCCGGGGGAGCAGCCCGCCCCCUCUCCGCAGCCCAGCAGCGUCCGUCCGUCCCCGUGACUUGAGGAUGAACUGCCCCGAGCAAUCCCCGGGAGCCUGCGACGGCGCCCCCUGCAGGGCCCAGGGCCAGAAACGCCGCUGCAUGUCGGCCGUGGAGCAGGGCUCCUGCCCCGACGGCGACCCGGCGGCGGAUUGGGAGGUGGAGGAGGAGGAAGACGAAGACCGUUUCCUGGGCGUGCUGCUGCGGAGGUCGUGCGCGCUGAGGGCCUCCUUCCGUGAACGGGACUCCUACCGGCGCCACAGCUGGGAGCCGGGCAAGAAGCUGCAGAGCGCCCCAGACUACGACCAAAUGAGCGUGAGUUUGAAGGGCCUGGCUCCUGAGGAACUCGACUCCGCUGCGGGGCAGUUGGACAGCUUCUCCCAACACCGCAGGGACCCCCGCCGGGCCCCCAUCAUCCGCAGCAAUGACGAGCUGGAGUCCCUCCUCUUGCAGGAUGAGGAGGAGGACCUGGAGCGGGCUCAGGAAGAUGCCAGGAGGCUGCAGGCAUAUCGGACCGGGCAGAACCCCGCCUCCAGCACCCUUUCCAAGUGCCUUUCCCUGAGUGGCAUCGACCGCUUCCCGGAUGCGGAUGAAAUCCCCCUCUUCGCUUCUGGGACGGACCUCACCAAUGGCUUUAAUGCUGGGAGCUGCGGACAGCUGGACGCUGCCGGGGAGGCCAGAGACCAGGAGAGCCAGCGCCAGGAAGGGAGCCCUCUAGGACGAACCCUGAGCUUCUUCAUGAAGAUGACGGGCAAGUCGAAGGGGCUGAACCUCAACCUAGAUCCUGAUGUUGGGGAGAUAUGGAAAUCCCAGUCCAAACUGGCUGAUGUCUGGAGAAUUCGACUCUGACUCACCCUAAAGAAAGAUUCAAGCUGUGAAUUUGGACCUGAACCCGUAUCGGCAUCUGGUGUCUCCAUUUCUGACAUUAGCUCCCUUUGCUUGAUCCCCUGCCUGUGAUCUGUGUUCCAGGAAAGCCUGACCCCAUGCAAUAGCUAAAGAGGACGUGACAAUAAUAGCUGCUCUCAGGUGGCUGGGAAAAGCUGGGAAUAUCCUCAAACUUCCCAGCAGGAAUUAAAUCCCUGGCCAUGAAUUGCAGCACAGUGGGGAGAUGCUGCUAGGUUCCUAGUUGUGCAGCAAGUGGGAUUGUUUGCAAGUGACACACAAAUGUGCAGAGUAAUUUACCCUAAUGGCCUGAGCACAGGACUGGGGCCCAAGAACUCCUGAGGUCAGAUCCUGGCUUUGACACUGAUUCCCUCAUGUCAUUUGAUCUCCAAGCCUGAGCUUUCCCAUCUGUAAAAUGGGAAAGCGGGGUGACCAAACUGCCCCGCUCCCAAGCGGCAGUCGGAUUGCAAAGCCCCAUACAACUGCCCAGUACCCUACUAUGCAACAUGGAAAGAGACUAGGGGCCAGAGUGAAAUCGACGCAGCCCUACUGGCCUGUUGGCAGCCUCUUUUCACUUGCUCAGGAUCUGAUCCUCGUGCCCCCAUCCUUGCAGUUGCCGUCUAAUAACGCUCCGGACACGCUCCUGAGAAGGUGCCAAGUCGCGGAGGAGAUUGCCUGGUAUAUGGGGAGCUCUCAGCUGUUGCGAGGCCAAAGUGGAAGGUGGGCAGAGGGGUGCUGGAAGCCUUCUUGCCCUCGCUGUGUCUAGCAAUCGCGUUCCCACCCUGUCGCCUCCGGGGUCCCACCUUCACGUUACCUCCUGGGCUCUAGGGUGCUGCCAACUUCCCAAGUGGUGAAUAAAUGUGGCCCAGCUGUUACAUGCCCAGAUUGCCGAUCCUGUGGGGUAUUUUUGUCUCUCCAACAAUAAGUUUCGACGGGGCCGCCCACCCGCCCGCCUGCGGGUUUGAAUCGCCUUCAAAGUGGCACGGAGCGGACGUCUCUCCGCUCCCUGACUCAGCCGCUAAUUGAGCCCAGCUGCUUGGUGUUUCUGGGACGGGAGAAGGGCCCUGUCUGAGCCAUCAGGUUGGGCCUCUCCCGGUCUGCCCCUGGCGCGGCAGGACACGUGUUGUAAUGCAGUCGGCCAUUCUAGAACAAGGGAUUUUGCUAUAGCUGUGUGUCACCUGGCUUUCUCAUUUCUUAGCUGCCCAGGUUAAUCGCCGGGAGCUAGCUUCCCCGAUAAGCGCCAAAAAAGAGCCGUUUCUACCAUGCUACACUGCAUGGAUUUCCCCAAGUCUUCCUCCAGCAGGCAGCC